AUGCGCCGCGCAGUGCUGUGCAGGUCCCUUGAGACAGUUGGACCGACUUUCGGUUUCAGCCCACCAAACAGGAACCCAAAAUCCCACGUUGACGAGCACCACCACCGAGUCGGCGUCUCUGCCUAUUUAAAUACCAGCAAUCCUUCGGUACUCCACCUGAUCAAGCUAGAUCAAGCCCAUUCAUUUUUUGUCUUCCAGACGAAGAUCCAAUCUUUACAUAUCUCGCGGCAAGCAUCUCAAGACUCUUCAUCCUCUCUUGGGUCCCGCUAUCGACCGACUGGCUAUCGAUUCGAACUCUAG